CAAACCAGCCGGCGACCAAACCCCGAAUAAAACCAGCGGCACGGAGCAGUCGGCCAGGGCCAGCCAAGCAACCACGACCUUGUCGCCGUCGCCGACCGGCUCAUUCAAUUCCUCCUCUCCCUCACCGACCGGCACCAACCAAUUCUUUCUAGCCCCCCAAUGGCGGCCGCCAAGUCCGUCGAGCGGCUGGCGCAGCGGCUGGUGACCCCGGCGGAGCCCACGCCGGCCGGCCCGCUCCGCCUCUCCUGGCUCGACCGCUACCCGACCCAGAUGGCGCUCAUCGAGUCGCUGCACGUCUUCAAGCCCUCCCCCGACCGGGACCUCGCCGCCGGCGCCGGCCCGGCGAGGACCAUCGAGCGCGCGCUGGCCCAAGCCCUCGUCAAGUACUACCCGCUCGCCGGCCGCCUCGGCUUCACGCACGACGGCGGGCUGCUGCAGGUCGACUGCGGCGGCGACGGCAGCGGCGUCUGGUUCACCGAGGCCGACGCCGCAUGCAGCCUCGACGACGUGGAGUACCUGGAGCACCCCAUGAUGAUCCCCAAGGACGCGCUGCUCCCGCCCACGCCCGCCCAAGAAAAAGCCGACGAGCGGAGCCUCGUCCUGCUCGUCCAGGUCACCACCUUCGCCUGCGGCGGCUUCGUCGUCGGCUUCCGCUUCAGCCACGCCGUCGCCGACGGCCCCGGCGCCGCGCAGUUCAUGGCCGCCGUCGGGAACCUCGCGCGCGGGAACCACACCCUGCCCGUCCCGCCGCAGUGGGGCCGCGAGGCCAUCCCGAACCCGUCCACCGCCGCCAUCGGGCCGCUCCCGACCCCCGCGGGCGCCAAGAGCCUCGAGUACCUGGCCAUGGACAUCUCCGCCGACUACAUCGCGCACUACAAGGCGCAGUACAACUCCGGCGGGUCCUGGUGCUCCGCCUUCGAGGUGCUGGUGGCCAAGGCGUGGCAGAGCCGCACCCGCGCCGCGGGGUUCCACCCGGACUCCGACGUCCACCUCUGCUUCGCCAUGAACGCGCGCCCCCUCCUGCACUCCUCCCUCCCCCGCGCGGGCGCCGGGUUCUACGGCAACUGCUACUACAUCAUGCGCGUGUCGGCGCCCGCGGGCAAGGUGGCGGGCUCGUCCAUCCCGGACGUGGUCAGGAUCAUCAAGGACGGCAAGCGGCGGAUGCCGGCGGAGUUCGCUCGCUGGGCGACGGGGGAGGCUGGCGCCAGCGGCGGCGUCGACCCGUACCAGAUCACCUCCGACUACCGGACGCUGCUGGUCUCCGACUGGACGCGGCUCGGGUUCGCCGAGGUCGACUACGGCUGGGGCCCGCCGGCGCACGUCGUGCCGCUCACGAACCUCGACUACAUCGCGACUUGCAUACUCGUCAAGCCCUGGGCGCACAAGCCUGGGGCCAGGCUCAUCACCCAGUGCGUCACGCCCGACCGGGUCGCCGCGUUCCACCAGGGAAUGCUCGACAUGAACUGACCGGAGACGAGCGCGACGACCAACAAUUCAUGAACAUUGAUUGAGCGAUUAUAUUAGGUGGGUGAUUAUAGAACAUUGUACGUACUAGUAUUGGAUUAGUUGUGUGGAGGGGAUUGAUCAUUGAUGUGAUGGUGGUGUGAGUUUAGCUGGAAACAAAUAAGCUCCUCGAUUCGGGGAGUUCUGAUUGGGUUUGGUGGAAAGCCAACGACUAAACUUCUCCUUUGCGGAAUAUAACGAUUCUUUUGUGUCCUCGAGAAA